CCCGCCACGCCCCCCUCCCCCCCACCUCCCGGGCUCCAAGCUCUUGAGCCUUCACCGCACCCCCCCACGCCCCUCAACCGGCGCUUCGCGGCUCGAGCCGAACAGGUGUAGCUGUUGGAGCCGCCUGGGGUUCCCGGAAGGGAGGGAGAGGAUCCGUCACUCAGUCGGUCCGUCACUCAGUCAGGCCGGGAAAGAGGAAGGACGGAAGGCAACAUGUCUCGAUACACUAGGCCCCCCAACACCUCCCUUUUCGUCAGGAACGUCACGGAUGCCACCAGGCCUGAGGACUUGCGACGUGAAUUUGGUCGAUAUGGCCCUAUAGUAGACGUAUACAUUCCACUUGACUUCUACACUCGCCGCCCAAGAGGAUUUGCUUACAUACAAUUUGAAGAUGUCCGUGAUGCAGAAGAUGCUCUUUAUAACCUCAAUAAAAAGUGGGUAUGUGGUCGUCAAAUUGAAAUACAGUUUGCACAAGGUGAUCGCAAAACACCAGGCCAAAUGAAAUCAAAAGAACGCCACCCUUGUUCUCCAAGUGAACAUAGAAGAUCAAGAAGCCACAGCAGAAGGACUCGAAGUAGAAGUUCUUCAUGGGGAAGAAGCCGGAGACGAUCUGAUAGCCUUAAAGAGUCUCGUCGUAGGGGACUUUCUUAUAGCCGAUCUAAAUCUCGAUCUAACUCAUUAACAAGGCAUUCUACCUCAGGAAGGAAAUCAAGAUCUCCUAGAAGAAAUUCUAGUUCUAGACGACGAUCAAGAUCUGAGUCCUUACAAAAAAGGACCACAUCUGUGGGAAAAUCACAGUCAAGUUCACCUCAGAGGCAGACCACCUCAGGGGCAAAAUCAAGAUCAGGUGGAAGACAUUUUGAUUCACUAGCAAGAUCCCCAUCAAAAUCUCCCCAAAGACACACUAAUUCUGAAACUAAAGCACAGUCUCGGAGCUACCAUCAUAAAAACAAUUGGUGAAACAGCAUCAGAAGAUCUCCACACAUACUUAGACUUUCAUUAUGAAGACAGAACUUUUGUUAAAAAUUCUUCACAAUUGUAAUGUGGGCCAAUAUUAUUUUGGGCAUAUACAUGUAGUAAAAUAUAUCUUGCUUUGGAUUAUUAUAUUUGGCCUCUCAUCAUCCCUGCAGACACUAUAAAUAAUGUUAUGUUUAGUUUUGUGCUAAAUGAAAUGCUGUAGUCAAGAAAACCUGAAUUCAAAAUCUGGCCUCACAUAAUUAGUUGUGUGACCUUGGGCAAGUCACUUAAUCUCUGUCUGCCUCAGUUUCUUCAUCUGUAAAAUGGGGGUAAUAAGAGUACUUACCUUUCCUUGGUUGCAGUGAGGAUAAAUAUGAUAUUUGUAAAGUGCUUUGCAAACUUUAAAGCACUAUGUAAAUGCUAGCUAUUAUUGUUGUUAUUAUUAUCAGUUUCAUAAUCUUACAUAUAAGCUAGUUCUUUUCCUUUCCAUUUCAAUGUGCCUAGUUUUCAAGCAUUUCUUUCACAUGUGGUAAGAGUUCUUUUCAACUGAAAUAAGUGAAAUUAAAGCAAUUUAUAAACUCUUAUUUCAUGUAUUUGACAUUAUCUUAAAUAAUAAUACUACAUAUUGGAAUAGCACUUUUUAACAUUUUCAGAAUGCUUUUGUGUACUUCAAGACUUCACACAACUAUUAUUUCACUGAUGUGGUACACAUUUUAUUGAUACAGAUCGUGGUAAACUAUUCAUUAGUUGCCAUAUCCCUAAAAGUUUUAUAACCUGGGGGUGAAUCUUUUGGGGAUGAAUGUCUCUAAAUUUAGCCAAGUCAGACUUGAGAAAACAGAUCACCAGGGCCAUAUUCAAACUUACAGUUUGAUAAGAUCCUCCACCAAACCAUGUGUUCCACUGCUAUAAUGUUUCCGAUCCAGUGUUUUAAUCUUAUUCCAACUACUAGUGAACACCUUCCCACAUUACAAGAUAAGGUAGUUUUUGCUAUCUUCAUUAACAGUAUUCACAAAACAAGGCCAAGAGUUCAAAAGGAGGUACGUUCUCUCCUGAACCUCAAGGUAACUCUAUGAAAGAUUUAAUAUGUAUUGGUAGGAUAGUGUAGAUACAUUGGCAUUAAGAUGGCAUUCAGUUUUAUAUGAACAUAUUUCGAGGGGGAUCAGAUCUGUGAUUUCAUUGGCAUGAGGAAUUACCACUAAGGAAACUCUACCACUGCAAAUCAGCAUUUGCUCUAUAACUUUAGUCAGAACUACUUGAAUAAUGAGAUAUUGGGCAACUUGUCUAUAAUCAUAUGACUAGGAUGUUUUAGAGGUGUAGGACCUGAGUUGCCAGCCUUUGUGACCUUGAGGCUGGCUCUAUCCACUAUGCCUUGUUGCCUCAUUACAUAAGACUGUGUAGUAUGUUGUAAUAAAAAAAUAUCAAAAAUGGCUUUGACAAAAAAAGGAAGUAUUUUGAAAAUAUUGUGCUACCCUUAUUUUCCCCACAAUUAAUUUGGUUUACAUUCUUUUCUUUUGCAGUUAAUAAAACCAAGGGCUUUUCUAAAAAGUAUUUUUAGUUUACAUUUCAGAGAAACUUUCUUGGUAGUAGUAUUAUUUAUGAUAAUUCAGUUUUAAAUAUCAGCAAGCAUUUAUUAAGUGCUUACUAUGUACCAGGCAUUCAGGAUACAAAAAUAAAAAUGAAACAGUCCCUGCCCUCAAGAAGCUUAAAUUCUAUCAAGUACAGUACCAUAGUGAUGUAUUUAUAUAGCUCUGCUUGUGUGCUUUGUUAAAUUGCAUUCUUGAACCUUUGCGAACAAAGUUAAGUAUUUUUUUGCCUAGUAUGCCAGUCUAUGCUUUAUGAAAAAAAUUCUUUUUAAUAAAUAACAUUUUUUUUAGCAAAUAGUAUUCUUCUGUUCAUUUGAUUUUGAAUAAAGGUUCAUUUUUUUUUCUUAA